GAACAGUAAGCCGUGUUCCACUACCCUGAGCUGCUUCUUUUUCCGGAGUUCGGAGCGCCAAUGCUGCCGGAAAUGGCACGAGCAAGUUUAGCGUAAUCGAUUGGAAGACUAGGUGGUUCUUAAAAGCUUGCGAUGCCUGUGGGUCGAGGCCAAGUAAAAGCGCUUAUUGUGAAGCGUACUCGGCGUGCCAUACACGACUUCAAAAUGGGUUUCGCACCCCGCAACGUCCGCCAACUGUUCUGUGCUGGUAUAGCUUUGUCGUUGACGUGCACGUUAUGCCUGGUUUUCUGGCUUAAUCUCGGCAUUCUCGAACAUCCAUACUCACAUAGAUUAGCCAUAAUUAUACCAUUUCGGGAUCGGUUUGAAGAACUACUUGAAUUUGUACCGCAUCUAAGUCGAUUUUUAACAGCCCAGGGGGUAGCGUACAGAUUUAUUGUGAUCAACCAAGGUGAUCGGUUCCGAUUCAACCGCGGAGCGCUCAUAAACAUUGGAUACCUUGUGAGUAGGGCACAAUGCGAUUAUAUGGUGAUGCAUGACGUGGAUCUUCUUCCGCUCAACCCGAAACUCAGCUAUCGUUUUCCACAAGGAGAUAACGUGAUCGUCCAUAUAGCAGCUCCUCAUCUUCAUCCUAAAUACCAUUACUCCACUUUCGUCGGUGGGAUACUGCUAAUGCGGCACGCGGUGUUCGCUCGGCUAAAUGGCCUAUCGAAUAAAUACUGGGGUUGGGGUUUGGAAGAUGAUGAGUUUUACGUUCGCGCCAAAGAGGCAAACGUACGAUUUGAGAGACCGCCGACGGACAUCGGAACUGGGAUCAACGACACGUUUCGGCAUAUUCACGAUGCGCGACGUCGUCCGCGUGAUAUGGUCCGAAUUGGGUCGCAGCGAGAGGAGUCACGCAAGCGCGAUCGAGUUACCGGCCUCAACAACGUUGUUUUCCAACACCAGGGCCUUUACCAAGUCAGAAUUGGCGAAGUGCCUGUGGACGUCCACAAUGUUCAUCUACAUUGCGAUCUGACCAUUACGCCAUGGUGCGAAAAACCUCGACCGAAAAAACCUGUCGCUCUAUCGGCCAUCGAUAACCCGCCGCGAAAUCCAGUGUCACCCUGAGUUCUCUGUUGAAAUGUGCCGGCCGU